AAACAAAAGAAAAAGGGUAUGUCCUUUAUUUUUUAAUUUUGUUAAUGCUGUGGUGAGCUGUUAAGUGUUAACGAAUGCCAUUGUUUUCUCCUUUGUCUCCUUUAUGCUCUGAAAGGUUCACUUUCUUGUCUGUGGGGGCAAAUUACCCUUCUUUUUAACACUUUGUAUGGGCUUGAUGUUAGGGUUUUAGAGACCAGAGGUGAGGUGAGGUGAAGCUUGCUGUUGGUGGGUACAUUAUAUGCCUGUUGCUUUAGAUUUCUCUUCUUUUGCUUUGUGUGGAUUUUGUAUUUGUAGAAUGCUGCAAAUGAGGGGGGGCUUCUUUUGCUUUAACUCCCGCUUGGCCCCAUAAAGCUGCAGAGAUUACUUGUUCCUUGUUUAGUCCUGCAAGAAAUUUCCUGCUAGAAUUUAGUCAAACCCACUUUGGCUUUAGUUUUGAGGACUUCUUCUCAUUCAAGUUACCUUGCCAUCCAAUUUUACUUGCAUUGUCUGGUUCGGGAACUGUGAUAUUGGAGGUUCCUUACUCUCCCUUGUCGGAUAGGACGAUUUCUCGAUAGAUUUGCGAAAUCUAGUCUACAUUGUCGCUUCUUGGACAUGGGUGCCGAUGAUAAUGGCGAUUUGGGGUUUCAACAGGGAGGUGGUGGUGGGAGCAUUUUCAAUUGUCUCCCUUCGGGGAUUUAUACAAGUCAGCAGCAGUCUGAGAAUGUUGAUGGAAUAGCAAUGAGCUCAGUGCCCUCUAUCUCCAUGAGCAAAUCCUUGGAUGUGGUGGACUCAUUUGUGGGGUCUGGUUGGGAUCCAUUUGUUUCACAGGCACAGAACAGGGAAUUCAAAGUUUUUUCAGUGGCUUCUUCCCAUUCCCAUCAGAUAUCUGCUUCUCCUUAUGGCGUUGGUGUGCCUGAGACUCAGGGAGUCAGUGGCAGCUCCCACCUUGUUCGGUAUCGGCCGGAUCAUCAUAGCCUCGUCGGGCUAACACACUAUGCUGGUGGGAGCUUCUCGGAAAUGGUUACUUCCUUUGUUGCCCUGCCUGAGAAUGGACAGUUCGUUAACAGAGAGGGUGGCAGUGGCACUGAUAAAACCUCAGUGACUUCAAGGAAUGGCUCCUUUCAAGGCUCUACUUUUCCAGAAGAUCACCAUAUUGUGGAUGAGGGUUCUGGGCUUUCGUCUAGUGGGAAGAAAAGGAGAAGGGCAUCUGAAACACAGUCCCAAUUCGAUUCUGCCCAGGGUAUCGAAGCAGAGCAGAAAAUGGACGCUUCUGAGGAGUCGUCUGAAGGUCCCAAAGAGCAGGAUGAGAAGAAACAGAAGGGUGAACAGAGCCCAGGUGCAAAUUUUCGAGGUAAGCUAACGGGUAAACAAGGUAAAGACCAUUCCCAAAACGUAGAAGGUCCAAAAGAAGACUACAUUCAUGUCAGAGCCAGACGUGGCCAGGCCACCAAUAGUCACAGCCUUGCAGAGAGGGUGAGAAGAGAAAAGAUUAGUGAGAGGAUGAGGUUUCUACAAGAUCUUGUUCCAGGAUGCAAUAAGAUUACUGGUAAGGCAGUAAUGCUUGAUGAGAUUAUCAACUAUGUGCAAGCGCUGCAACGACAGGUUGAGUUUCUGUCAAUGAAACUUGCCACUGUCAAUCCAGAGCUGAACAUUGAUGUUGAUAGGAUUCUAUGCAAAGAUAUUCAAGGUGGAGGUUCAGCUGUUCUCGGAUUUGGCCCAGGAAUGAGCUCCUCGCUGUCCCACCCCCAGAUAACUCCACAGGGAGCUUUGCCAGCGAUUCAGAGUGCGAACCCCCAGUUGCAUCCUAUGCUUCAGAUACCAAAUGUAUGGGAUGAUGAGCUUCAAAGAGUUUUCCAGUUGGGUUUCGUCUCGGAACAAAAUCUUGAGAGUCUGGAGCAGAAUGGUUGCAGGAAGGUGGAGCUAUAGAUGUCUGGUGAAAAGGCUCUACCGUUCUAACAGAAGUCCUUCAAUGGGCCAUCAGCUAAUUGAGCAUUUCAUAUAUAUAUUUUUUCUGCUAUUCUCUUUUAAAGAUUCAGGUGUGUAGGAGAAUUCUUCAGAAGCUGUAUAGUCCAUACCUCCUAACCGUUUGUUCUUCGAAUUUUAGCAGAAGAAAGAUGACUUUGAUAGGCUUGAACACUGUGUAUAGUCAGUCAGCAUAGUUGAUCGAGUGGGAGAGAUGAUUGUUUUACUGUUUGUUACAAAUUAGAUUGUGCAUGUAAGAAGAUCUUUGCAGUUGUUGAGGAGCUGUAACUGAAAGAUUGUUUAUAGGAUGCAUGAAGUUGGGGAAGAUGGUACUGAA